AAUCAGCUCUUUCAGUCCUCCCGCUCUUCAUCACCUUUUGAAUCCUCGUCGCCUAAGAAUGUACCGUGCUUCGCUGGCAAGAGUCGGUCGUCCCAUUGCUUUUUCUCUCAUUCGGUCUGCGAGAUAUGUUCAGCCAAGAAUUUCCGCCGUCCGUCUUCAGUCGACUCAAACCCCGCCCCUCACAUCAUCUCGGAAAAGUGAUGUUCAGACUGAUUGGAAUGUCAGAAUAAUUACCUACGACCAAUUGAAGCCCAAGACGCAAAGUCCGAGUCCAAGCGCUUUCUUAAUUGACGUUCGUGAACCCGACGAAGUCAUACAAGGGAUGAUUCCGUCUGCGGUCAACCUUCCCCUUUCUGUGCUCAGCGAGUCUUUACAGACCUCUGCGGAAGAUUUUAAGCAGAAGCACGGUUUUCCGAAACCUCAAAAGAAUCAGGAAAUCACAUUCUAUUGUAGGAGUGGCAAGAGAAGCGCAACGGCAAGCGAUAUCGCAAAACGCAAUGGAUACACCGUUAUCUGCAAUUACGAAGGCUCUUGGUUGGAGUGGGUGUCCAAGGAAGGAAAGAAUUAGAUACACUCUAUACUCACUCAUCUGCAAAUCUUGUCUGAUAUCACAUAAAAUUUCUGAGUUGCCAGCCAUAGAGUACUAGGUUAAAUCGCUCGACAGUUAGGGUAUAACUUCACUGGUCCAAGGGUGUUCAGGAGGCUUGAAUAUCAGGCACGUUAUUAC